UGCCUCGACAUCGAGCCGCCAACCGGCUGAGGUGGACGUCGUCCAGCUCAGCGACAGCGACGAGGACGAACCGAUGGCGCUCGCGGUGACCCGCCCAGCCAGCGCCAGCUCCGCUCCGGAAACGACCGAGCCCGUGGCGACAACAUCAACGUGGGGCAGCAGGACAUCCCUGUACGACUUCAUGAGGAGCGCCGCCACACCGGAGGCGCCCCAGAAGUCGCCGAUCGCCAAGGAGCUGGCCACCUUCCUGCUCGAGCCCGCUCUCCAGCAGGACGCCGAUCCCCUGGCGUUCUGGAGCGCCAGGAGGGCGGUUUAUCCGCACCUGGAGGUGGCGGCGAAGAACGCACUGGCCGUUCCUGCCAGUUCCGGCCCUAGUGAACGGGUCUUCUCCAUGUCAGGAAAGAUGUUCAGCCCGGCACGGAGCCGCCUCAGCGGUGACCUGGCGGAGUCAAUGAUGCACGUGAAGUUCCGCGCUCGUAAAAUGCUCAGCCCCGGCGCGGCGCUGCGGUUUGGCCCCCGCCAGUCCGGCGGCGGGCGCCCCGGCCCACUGCAGCUGUCAGUGCAGUGGCCGACUCCCGGCGGCGGCCGGCGGUCGGAGCUCCGGGACGGCCGCGCUCAGACCGAGAGCCGACUGUUUAGUGCCGGAGGAGUGGCGGCGCCGGCCGCCGAGCCCGCCCAGCAGCCGGCCACCUGCGGUCGGCGCACCCCGCAGCCCGCAGUCCAGUGA